AUGGUCUACGCAACCACGCUCCAGAGCAAGUUCGCUCACAAGGUCGGUGAGCCCGUCCCUGAGUUCAACACCGACCACCCCGCCCAUCCAGCCCUCGUCCACUUCCCCAUUGCCUUCAACGUCCUCGCAUGGGGUCUUGACAUCCUCUAUGCCCUGACGACGGUCUACGUUAAGCCCGAGUUCCUAACCAGCCGCUUCGGCUCGGCCUCGACCUUGCUCGACAUCACGCGCCUGUCGUAUUUCCUCCUGUGCGCCGGUCUGAUCACCACCGUACCGGCCAUCAUGUCCGGAAACAAGCAGUUGAUCGGGAUGAUCAGCAAGAACGGUGGGCCGUGGGAGAAGGACGCCCAGGGGAAGCAAAAGAGCACCAUGGUGCCACGCAUCAAGGCCGGUAUCACACACGCCAUCGUCAACGAUGUCGUUUUCGUCGCGAACCUGUACAGCUGGUACCUUCGAAAGGACAAGGAGGCGGCACCGAACCCGGCAAAGAUCCCCACGCAGACGAACAUGCUCAUCAGCGCCGUGUUGUUGCCACUGCUGCUGCUCGGCGCCAAGAUUGGUGGCACGCUCGUGUACAACCACGGUGUUGGAUUGCAUUUGGGUAGAAAGAAGUUUGAUUAG